CCUGACCCGGGUGCCGAGUCACUCCACCAUGACUCGGCGCUGCUCCCACUGCAGCAACAACGGCCACAACUCCCGCACGUGCCCCUCGCGUGGCGGAGGCGCCUCCUCUUCCUGCUCCUCCGGCAGCGGCGGCGUGAGGCUCUUCGGCGUUAAGCUGACGGAUGGCUCCAUCAUCAAGAAGAGCGCUAGUAUGGGGAACCUAUCCACCAUGGCCUCGCACUACCAAUCCUCGUCUCCCAACCCGGACUCUCCGCCGCUCCACGACCCGGUUCACGUCCGCGACGGUUACUUGUCCGACGACCCGGCCCACGCCUCAUCCUCCGCCAAUCGUCGUGGAGAUCGUAAAAAAGGAGUCCCAUGGACAGAAGAGGAGCAUCGAAUGUUCUUAAUUGGUCUUCAGAAAUUGGGGAAAGGAGACUGGCGUGGAAUAGCGCGAAAUUAUGUAAUCACAAGGACUCCUACACAGGUGGCAAGCCAUGCCCAGAAGUAUUUUAUCCGGCAGAGCAAUUCUAAUAGAAGAAAGAGACGCUCGAGUCUCUUUGACAUGGCCCCUGACAUGGCCAUGGAUUCACCUCACAUGCCAGAAGAACAAGCUUUGCUGCCUUCUUGUCAGGAGGAAAGAGAAUCUGAAGAUUCAAAUGCACUACCUUCAUUAAAUCUUUCCCUUGGUUCAGAAUGCAGCAGACCUAUGGAAAGUACACAAGAAGACAACAUAGUUAUUAAACCCGAUAAUCAGUCCGUAAUGGGAUUCAAUGGGUACCCAAAUGGUUACCCACCAGUUAUUCCUGGUUUCAUCCCAGCGUAUGUGCCUUUUCCUUUUCCUGUAUGGCCAAGUGCGGGUCCUCUGAUAAUAGAAAAUGGAGGCGAUGCUUCUCAUUACCCGCAGGUCUUAAAGCCGGUUCCUAUCCUUCCCAAGGAACCUGUUAAUGUUGAUGCUCUAGUGGGUAUGUCUCAGCUCAAUCUAGGAGAGGCCGAGACUCUCCAAAGCAAUCCUUCCUCUCUCUCUAUGACAUCAUUAGGGGAGCCAUCAAGGCAGUCGGCAUUUCACCCAAAUGCUCCGGCCAGUGAACCAGACUUGAGCAAGGGCAAGACCAGUGUCAUCCAAGCAGUCUGAAUCUGUGAACCGAGUGAAAUGAAGCAGCAUCUCUCUUUUUGUACAAUCAUAUGGGAGUUGUCUAAGGCAGGUUGUUCUAUUAUUAUUUUUUCGAAUGGUCCCAAUAAUUAUAAAUAACAUAGGGUAGGUAUUUUUCCUUGGGUAAAUUAUUCUUUCUAACUGUAAACAACUAGAAGUUAUCGUUAUUGAAUCAAUUUGGUAGCAAAGU